AUGUUCAAGACACUCACCACUGCUUUUCGAAAACCCCAUCGCCGCAUGGAAGCUGAUGCAGAAUUACAAACUAUGUACAUGCGCCCUGGUGACAAAUUUCCUGAAUUCCUAGCCAGGUUCCUGUUGCUAGCGAGUGAGGCCGGGAUCCCUGAUGAUCUAUACAAGAUUGAACUCAACAGACAACUCACUGAUAAAGUCAAGGAGUUGUCUCUUCCCUACAUUGGUGAUGACAAGACUUUUGAUGAAUUCACAGCCUAUGUGGGAAUGGUAGUCCAGUGCUUGAAUACCAAUGCCCAAGAAGCCAAACGCCGCAAUCUGAGUCAGAACUCUCGCAACCACUCCAACACGAAUCCCUCGAAGGCUCCCAACAGCUCAGGCAGUACCAAGCUUGACGACAAUACACAACAGGAGCUGAUGAGCCAAGGCAAAUGCUUCCACUGCAAGGAGACAGGCCAUGUGUUCCGGGACUGCCCCCGUCGGAAAAAGAACAAUAACAUCACCCAACUUCGCAAGAUCGAAGCGGUUCCUGAGUCAUCGAACAACAACUCAGGAAAUGGGGAUGCCUAG